AAAAAAAAAAAAAACUUGCAGGUGUGAGAAUAGAGGCAAUGGCGUACAAAUAGAUGAAAAGCAAGUAAGAAAUUGUUUAGUUUGCGCGCAAGAAAUUGUCUAGUUUGGAUCUUCUACGCAUCCCUAACAACUUCACAGGAAUUGUUGAUUCCAGAAUCGUAGUUCUAAUGUGGUUCGGUUAGGUAUAGUAGGAGUGAUUUCUGAAAACACAGAAGAAACUUUGGUCUUCAAGCAUGACAGAUCAGCCAAGUGUGCCCCUUCUGCAAUUUGCCCCAUUCCAUAGUACUGUCAACGAGGGCUUCUGGCAUAGAUUAUCUUCGUUGAAGCUCAACGAGUUAGGAAUUGAUGAAUCUCCCAUUCCGAUUACUGGUUUUUAUGCACCGUGUUCACAAACUAAAGUAUCAAAUAACCUAACUCUGGAUGCUGAAUCUUUGCCUCCUGAACCAAGUGAGCAAUCAGUACCAUUGACUAGUCGCAGCAACAGAAACAAAUGUUCAGUCCCUGGUGUUAUUUACAAUACAAAUACAAUAGAGAGUUUCCGUAAUCUUGACAGACAGAGUUUACUAAAAGCAGAAGCAAAAAAGAUAUGGGAAGACAUUCAUUCAGGGAAAGCAGAAGAAGAUGCUGCAUUACUUUCGAGGUUCCUGCUAAUCUCGUUUGCAGACCUUAAGAAAUGGAGGUUUCAUUACUGGUUUGCAUUUCCUGCACUGAUGCUUGAUCCUCCUGCAACAUUGGUCAAAUUGAAGCCAGCCUCCCAGUGGUUCAGCAUACAAGAGGCGGAAUCACUGAGAGUAGCCUGUAAUGAGUGGCGCAGCUCAAGUUCAACAGCAGAUGUUCCGUUUUUUCUUGUUUGUUUUGAUUCAAGCUCUAAUGUUACCAUCAAGAACCUAAACCAUUGGGAAGCUUGCCAAGAGGAUGCUGAUAAGAUAAUUUUUGGCUUCUAUGACCCUUAUCACCUUCCAAAUAAUCCUGGAUGGCCUCUUCGCAACUUCCUUGCACUUAUUUGUUCAAGAUGGAAUAUUGAAAGGGUUCGUUUCUUCUGCUAUCGUGAAAACCAGGGUUUGGCGGAUUUGAAUUUAUCCCUUGUGGGUGAAGCACUGCUUUCAGCAAAAAUUGGAUGGAAGGAUCCUAAUAACAUGCCCAAGUGUGUCGGAUGGGAGCUAAAUAGGGAAAAGGCAUUACCUAGGUUCAUCAGUCUUGCUAAAUCCAUGGACCCGGCAAGGUUAGCGGAAUCGGCUGCAGAUCUAAAUUUAAAGCUAAUGAGAUGGCGUGCUUUGCCAUCCUUGGAUAUGAAUACCUUGGCUGCCACAAAGUGCCUUCUUCUAGGUGCAGGGGCACUUGGGUGUCAGGUUGCUCGCACGCUUAUGGCUUGGGGUGUCAAAAAAAUCACGUUAGUUGACAGUGGUAAGGUGGCUAUGUCGAAUCCCCUAAGACAAUCCCUAUACACAUUAAAUGACUGCCUCAAUGGUGGUGAUUUUAAAGUUGUAGCAGCUGUUAAGAGUCUGAAGAGAAUCUUCCCAUCUGUGGAUGCAGAAGGUGUUGUAAUGGCUAUUCCGAUGCCCGGCCACCCUAUAUCUAUCCAAGAAGAGGAGAAUAUUAUAGAAGAUUGUAGGCACUUACAUGAUUUAAUUGAUUCUCAUGAUGUGAUUUUCUUGUUGACCGAUACAAGGGAAAGCAGGUGGCUCCCUACUCUCCUUUCCACUGCAGCUAACAAGAUUACUAUCACCGCGGAUAUAGGUUUCGAUAGCUAUUUGGUUAUGCGUCAUGGACCUGGUCCUCAAAGCAAUAGUAACGAGCAAAGACUUGGAUGUUACUUUUGUAGUGACGUUGUUGCUCCAAUUGAUUCAACUGCAAAACGAACUUUGGACCAGAAAUGUACGUUUACACGGCCAGGAGCUGCGCCUAUUGCUUCUGCUGUUGCUGUUGAACUUUUAAUUGGGAUCCUACAUCAUCCGCAAAGGAUAUUUGCGAAAGCCGAGUUUUCUGACUCAUCCUGUAAUGGAGGAGCUCUUGGAAUUCUACCCCAUCAAAUCCGAGGGUCGCUCCACCAGUAUUCUCAGACGACGCUAGUGGGUCAUGCAUCAAAAAGUUGUACGGCAUGUAAUUGCCAUGUGGUGUCAGAAUACGAGAAGAGAGGAAUGAAAUUUGUGCUUGAAGCGAUAAAUCAUCCAACUUACUUGGAGGAUCUAAAUUUAAAGCAAACGAGAUCUAAUGAAAUUAUUCCAUCCUUGGAUAUGAAUACCUUGGCUUCCGCCAAGUGCCUUCUUCUAGGUGCAGGCACACUUGGUUGCCAGGUUGCUCGCAGUCUUAUGGCUUGGGGUGUAAAAAAAAUAACGUUAGUUGACAGUGGUAAGGUGGCUAUGUCGAAUCCCCUAAGACAAUCCCUAUACACAUUUGAUGAUUGCCUCAACGGUGGUGAUUUUAAAGUUGUAGCAGCUGUUAAGAGUCUGAAGAGAAUAUUCCCAGAUGUGGAUGCUGAAGGUGUUGUAAUGGGUAUUCCGAUGCCUGGGCACGCUAUAUCUGUCGAAGAGGAGGAGAAGAUUAUGGAAGAUUGUAGGAAACUACAUGAUUUAAUUGAUUGUCACGAUGUUAUUUUCUUGUUGACUGAUACUAGAGAAAGCAGAUGGCUCCCCACUCUUCUUUCUGCUUCAGCUAACAAGAUUACUGUGACCGCGGCUUUAGGUUUUGAUAGCUAUUUGGUUAUGCGUCAUGGAGCUGGUCCUCAAAUCAAUAUUAGUAACGAGCAAAGACUUGGAUGUUACUUUUGUAGCGACGUUGUUGCUCCAAUUGAUUCAACUGCAAACCGGACCUUGGACCAGCAAUGCACGGUUACACGGCCAGGAGCUGCACCUAUUGCAUCGGCUUUCGCUGUUGAACUUUUAGUCCGGAUCCUACAUCAUCCACAAAGGAUAUCUGCGAAAGCCGAGUUUUCUGACUCGUCCAGUAAUGGAGGAGGUCUUGGAAUUCUGCCCCAUCAAAUCCGAGGGUCGCUCUCCCAGGGUUCUAUUAUGGCGCUUUUAGGUCAUGCAUCAAACAGUUGUACGGCAUGUAGUUGGCAUGUGGUAUCGGAAUACAAGAAGAGAGGAAUGGAGUUUGUGCUUGAAGCAAUAAAUCAUCCAACAUACUUGGAGGAUCUUACAGGAAUGACUGAACUUAUCAAGUCUACAAGCUCUUUAAAUGUGGAUUGGGACAUUGACGAAGAUGAUGAUGAUUGUGUUGAAAUCUGAAAUAUUGUAUUUCUUUCUAAUUUCAUUUUAAUCUCUUGUUACAAUAUUAGGUUAAUAGUUUUAGGUGGAUUUACCUCGGGUUACUUUCAAUUUAGACUGAUAUAAUGUUGUUAUAAUAGUAGCUGAUUUGUUAACUUCUCUUUAGAGGUUGAUG